AAUAGAUGUUGACACUCUGGAGUAUACAGCUUGGGCGGAACUGGCGCAGGUAGCCGAGGAGCCUCACAAGGUUUCGAUUCCUACCAUGAGGGAUCCGACCGGCUCUAUCUAUGUAUCCCUGCCUCCGGAGCCAAGAUCAUGACCAGUCGUAACCAUGGACAAACAAACUGCCCAUUCCUACAACGUCUCAUUGAAUUCCCUGCUCUCACCAAUAUAAUUACAGUCUACAUGUUGUGUUGUUACAAGUUAAUAGCCGACACAAUGGACAAGAAUGACUGCGUUUCGGGAGCAUUGCGGCCACAGGAUAAUCGUGGCCACAGUGGCAUAGUUGUGGCACAUUGUAGAAUAAAAAGAAUGCGACAUCGAGGUUAUCCUGACAAUCAACAGUCUCUUCCGACGACUCUCACACAACCCUCACACACCAUGCCAACUACCCCUAUGCCGACGAGAGGUUCUGGUGAUCUGUCCCAGGUAUAUGGCGACGAUUGGUCAGACAAAGAAGUCUUUCUGCAGGCUACUGGGCUUCACAAGGACUCUAACCCCAGUAAUCCCAGACACGUCCUCAUCUAUUGGGUGAACGCCACUCUUAGCGGUGGCUUUGAAGUCUGGGAUAUCACCCAGCUCGAGAUGCACGGGCACUGGCACCAGUACCAUUAUCCCAAUGCGCUCAAAGUCAACACAAAGGAACGCUCACGCAACCAGACAAUGUCCUUGGGAAUAUUCACAUCGGAACAGCGCGAGCAACUGCUUGAGCUCGCAGCGGAUGUAGAAUAUGAUCAAGUUACCACCGAAAGCCGCACCUGGAUGCGUAACCUCCUCGCGAAGAUGGCUGAAGAAAAGCUCAUAUCUCAUCAUUUAUUUAAUACCAUCCGAGAGGAUGUGCCUCUUCCUUCUGCAUGAGAAGGAUACACUUAAUAUGAGCAUGGUUGGACUCUCCAUGGCAAUCUCAUUAUAUCAGUCAGUACUUUGUGAACCCUACAUGAUAUGUAUUAUACUGCUUAGUUUGUCUUAAUACGUAUGUAUUUCUGAACCACGCAUUUCGUUUAUACGAACUUGAAAGCCCACAAAUUCUGAAUCGUCCCCCCGUCCCACGUUAAUGCUAAGACUGUUGUCAAAAGGAAAGUCCGUCUUGAAGCUCCAUGAAUGGAUAUAUG